ACACCGGACCGCCCCUGGGCGCCAGCUCCUCGGCUCCAACCCGUCCAGAAACAAACCGGAUUUUUUUUUUCCUGGAAAUUGGCUUCGGUUCGUGUCACUCUCCUUCCUCCUCCUCCUCCCAGCAUUUUUUUUUUUUUUUUUUCUUUGAGACAUGGCCCGGGCAGUGGCUUCUGGAAGAGGAACAAGUGUGGGAAAAGGGAGAGGAAAUCGGAGCUAAAUGACAGGAUGCAGGCGACUUGAGACACAAAAAGCGACGCGUUCCUCUCGGAUCCAGGCAUUGCCUCGCUGCUUUCCUCUCCCCGGGACAGACUGAGGGUUCCGCGGCUCCGGGCGGAGUUGGGGCGCUGCGGAUCCUUCGGAUCCCCUCUGCCGGGCUUUUCCCGCACGCUCUCGGCGCGCGUCGCGGACCGGCGAAGGCAGGAUGGACGCCGGGCUGCCGCUGCUCUGCGCCGCGCUCGCCCUCGCCCUCGCCCGGGCCGGCGCCUCCCGCAACGAUAAAUGUGGCGGUACUAUAAAAAUUGAGAGUCCCGGGUACCUUACGUCUCCCGGUUAUCCACACUCUUACCACCCAAGUGAGAAAUGUGAAUGGCUGAUUCAGGCUCCGGAGCCCUACCAGAGAAUUAUGAUCAACUUCAACCCGCACUUUGACUUGGAGGACCGAGACUGCAAGUAUGACUACGUGGAAAUCAUUGAUGGAGAAAAUGAAAAUGGACGUUUAUGGGGAAAGUUUUGUGGGAAGAUUGCUCCCUCCCCUGUAGUGUCUUCAGGACAAUUUCUUUUCAUCAAAUUUGUCUCGGACUAUGAAACACAUGGUGCAGGAUUUUCCAUUCGUUAUGAAAUUUUCAAGCGAGGUCCUGAAUGUUCCCAGAACUACACAUCACCCACUGGAGUGAUAAAGUCCCCUGGAUUCCCUGAAAAAUACCCCAACAGCCUUGAAUGUACUUAUAUUAUCUUUGCACCAAAGAUGUCCGAGAUUAUCCUGGAAUUUGAAAGUUUUGACCUGGAGCUUGACUCAAAUAAUCCAUCAGGGAUGGCUUGUCGCUAUGACCGGCUGGAAUUGUGGGAUGGAUUCCCUGGCGUUGGCCCGUACAUCGGACGUUUCUGUGGACAGAAAAUACCAGGUCAAAUCCGUUCUUCAUCAGGCAUUCUCUCCAUGGUUUUCUACACCGACAGUGCAAUAGCCAAAGAAGGCUUCUCAGCCAACUACAGCAUCUUGCAUAGCAGUGUCUCAGAAGAUUUCAAGUGUAUGGAACCUCUGGGCAUGGAAUCAGGAGAGAUUCAUUCCGACAAGAUCAAGGUCUCUUCCCAGUACAGCAACAGCUGGUCUGCAGAGCGCUCUCGCCUGAACUACCCUGAGAAUGGCUGGACCCCUGGGGAAGAUUCCUACCGAGAGUGGAUACAGGUGGACCUGGGCCUCCUACGCUUUGUCACUGCUAUCGGAACCCAGGGUGCCAUUUCCAAGGAAACGAAGAAGAAAUACUACGUUAAGACUUACCGAGUAGACAUUAGCUCCAACGAGGAAGACUGGAUCACCAUCAAAGAAGGAAAUAAACCUGUUAUCUUCCAGGGAAACACCAACCCCACAGAUGUUGCUUUUGGAGUUUUCCCCAAACCACUGAUAACUCGAUUUAUCCGAAUCAGACCUGUGACUUGGGAAACUGGGAUCUCUAUGAGGUUUGAGGUCUAUGGCUGCAAGAUAACAGAUUAUCCCUGCUCGGGCAUGCUGGGCAUAGUGUCUGGGCUUAUUUCUGACUCCCAGAUCACAGCCUCCAACCAAGGGGACAGAAACUGGAUGCCGGAGAACGUGCGCCUGAUGAGCAGCCGCUUGGGCUGGGUGCUGCCCCCCGCCCCGGCCCCUCACAGUUAUGCCAGCGAGUGGCUGCAGGUGGAUCUGGGGGAGGAGACGAUUGUGAGGGGCGUCAUCAUCCAGGGCGGGAAGCACCGGGACAACAAGGUGUACAUGAGGAAGUUCAAGGUCGGCUACAGCAACAACGGCUCCGACUGGAAGAUGAUCAUGGACGACAGCAGGCGCAAGGCCAAGACUUUCGAGGGCAACAACAACUAUGACACACCUGAGCUACGGACCUUUCCACCUGUUUCCACACGAUUCAUCCGAAUCUACCCUGAGCGAGCCACUCAUGGCGGGCUGGGGCUACGAAUGGAGCUGCUGGGCUGUGAUGUGGAAGCCCCCACAGCUGGACCGACGACUCCCAAUGGGAACCCAGUGGAUGAAUGUGAUGACGACCAGGCCAACUGCCACAGUGGAACAGGUGAUGACUUCCAGCUCACAGGUGGUACCACCGUGCUGACUACAGAAAAGCCAACAGUAAUAGACAGCACAAUACAAUCAGAGUUUCCAACAUAUGGUUUUAACUGUGAGUUUGGCUGGGGCUCUCACAAGACAUUCUGUCACUGGGAACACGACAGCCAAGUGCAACUCAAGUGGAGCGUGCUUACCAGCAAGACAGGACCCAUCCAGGACCACACAGCAGGAGAUGGCAACUUCAUCUAUUCCCAAGCUGACGAAAAUCAGAAGGGUAAAGUGGCUCGCCUGGUGAGCCCUGUGGUUUAUUCCCAGAACUCUGCCCACUGCAUGACCUUCUGGUACCACAUGUCUGGCUCACACGUCGGCACACUAAGGGUCAAACUGCGCUACCAGAAGCCAGAAGAGUAUGACCAGCUGGUCUGGAUGGCCAUUGGACACCAAGGCGAUCACUGGAAGGAAGGACGUGUCUUGCUUCACAAAUCUCUGAAGCUCUACCAGGUGAUUUUUGAGGGUGAAAUCGGAAAAGGAAACCUUGGUGGGAUUGCAGUGGAUGACAUUAGUAUUAACAACCACAUUUCCCAAGAAGACUGUGCAAAACCGGAUGACCUGGAUAAAAAGAACACAGAAAUUAAAAUUGAUGAAACAGGGAGCACCCCAGGAUAUGAGAGUGAGGGGGAUGCCGACAAGAACAUUUCUCGGAAGCCGGGCAAUGUGCUGAAGACCUUAGAUCCCAUCCUCAUCACCAUCAUAGCCAUGAGCGCCCUGGGCGUCCUCCUGGGCGCCGUGUGCGGGGUCGUGCUCUACUGUGCCUGCUGGCACAACGGGAUGUCAGAUAGAAACUUGUCUGCCCUGGAGAACUACAACUUUGAACUCGUAGAUGGAGUGAAGUUGAAAAAGGACAAACUGAAUACACAGAGUUCCUAUUCGGAAGCAUGAAGUUGGGCAGAGGGUAGAAGUGGAGGACAUGACUUGAGCGUGCUGGGGACUGUCAUCUGCUUUCAUGGACAGGCUGGAAAGUGCAUCGAUGACACUGAGCCAGGCUUUUCUCAGGAGCUUUGAUGAGUGUGGCCGACAGACAGGGACAGUGAGCUGUGUUCACAAUCGCAAUCAUGUACAGUCAGUUUCUUCUGUUGGUUUCCUUUGAGUAAUCAGAUGCUGGUGUUGAGACCAAGUAUGAUGGACUUCACGAUUCAUUUCGACUCUCCCCGCCUCUUCCCCCCUCUCUCUCUCUCCUCUUCCUCUGAUGGCUUCUUUAUGGAAACUGCAGAAUCCAAGAUGCUGGCACCAAGUGUAUUGCGUGGGGCCCUUCCGAUGGACAUAUGAUCAGUAGCCCAGUGGCCAGAAUAUACUAGCCUAACCGCACUUCAGUGGACUCCCCAGUCAGUCCCGUGUGUAUCUGACCAUGUGUGCAGAAGCAAAGGAUUAGGAUGUUUUAUUUUCAAAGCACUGUAGCCUCCAUACUGAUAUAGCGUGUCAGCUCUGUUUAUGAAGCAAUACCGUCACAUUUUCUUGAUGUUUCCAGUGUUGUACUAAAUCUCGUGCUUGUGAACUCCGGACAGAAAAUCGUGCCGUCACCAAACUGUGCUGGCAAGCAACUGGGUGUACUGCUGACAACCACCACGAAGUCCUUGGCACUGGCUAGUCUAUGUCCUCUCAAGUGCCUUUUUGUUUGUACUGGUUCAUUGUGUUACAUUAGCAACCCACUCUGUUUCCCGCUGGUGAAAGCCCUCCUCUUUCAUCAAACCCUGGUGGCCCACUAAGAAAGUAUAUUUUAGCGUGAGGCGUCAGCCCCCGGGCAGGCAAGGGCUCUGAAGACUUGGCACCGUGGCUUAAUCGUUCUGCUUUUUCUGUGGUUCAAUUUCAUGUCUCUUGACCCUUUUGUAUAGAGCUGCAAUAUUCUGUCUUAUUGUUCUUUCAUAUGGAAUGUAUUUUCAAAUGUAAACUCUGCGCUUUCUCUCCUAGCUCUCUUUUUCUCUCUCUUAGCAUUUAAGCAUUUGCCAUUAUCCAGAAAAAGAAACUUGCAGCUUUAACCUGCUGGUAAUGGCAAGCGAUUUUACUAGACUUUAUGUUUAAAAAUAAAUGAAUAAAUAAAUAAAUAAGGGAAAUUCCUAACUUUGCCCUCCAAAGUCUAACUUUGGUUUUCUUGUUAACUGGUUAAAGUGACAGUAUCUUUUUUCCAAAAAGCUGUUUUUCUGUCCUUUCUGAUCAGAAUAAUGUUUGGUAGAAAUGUUUGAGGUUAAUGGAAAUAAUGGUCAGUCAAAGGAAGAAAUAAUACCAAUUGGUUUUUAAGUGAGAUCCAAAGGAAGAAUAGCUUCCAAAUAUCAAAAAAAAAAAAAAAAAACAUGAAAUUUUUACAUACAAAUAUGCAAAAAUAGCUCAUGAGAAACCUCUUGUUUUGACACUGAGACAGAAAAGAGAAGUGGACUGGAGAACUGUUAAUCUAAGAAAGAAACUAUAAAUCCUGAUGGUUGCUGGUAAAUCGUUUUAAGGUAAUACGAGGACAUGUAAAGUCAGAACAUUUUCAAACAUCCAUUCAGUAGCAAGCCCCCCAAAAUAGAUUUGAACAGACCACUUCUAGAAACUUCCAGUGGCCCGUAAAGAAAAAGCCUGCCUCAGACUAGCAGAGCCUAAGCUUCUGACUUCACAGAGUAGAAAAUAAUCAUGAGGCAGUGUGAGGUGGACCAGUGAUGCUCUGUUGUUUGGCCGGAUCUCAUAUGCCAGGCUGUAGUAAAAGAUUUCAGACCUCUCUCUUUUCCUAUGUCACUUAGGUCUCAUUCUAAUACAUUUGUUCUGAGUCACAUUUGCAUCAUGGCUGGAACAGUCUGUUGAUUUAAUUGGAUUGAGAAUGUCUUUCGGUUCCAGGAAAGUAUUGAUCACCAAGAAAAAAGAAUAGGUUUUUGUCCCCAAAGGCAUUCAUUCGUUCUUAUACCAGGAGAAAAGCAUUGAGUGAGACUUGGUUUUGUUUUUAAGGCAACAGAUUUAAACGUUGUCCUAGCCAAGGAAAAAUGAUACUGCAACUUUAAAUUUUAAAGUAUCUUGCACUGAUAAAUAUAUUUAAAAAUUAUAUGUUUAUAAAGUUAUUAAUUUGUAAAGUCAGUGUUACAAAAUGUUCAGUUUAUAUUGUUUUAGAUUGUUUUGUAAUUUUUAAAGGUGUAAAAUAACAUAUUUUUUCUUUAUUGAAAUCUAUAAAACUUUCUGUAGUAAAAUGUUUUCAUUUUACUGGUAUAUUAUUGCUUCAUGUUUUGUACCAUCAUAAAAUUUUGUGCAAAUUUUUUUUACAGAAAUUUUUAUUUUCUAUGACAAUAUGACACUUGUAAAUUGUUGUUUCAGAAUGAACAGCGAAGCCUUAACUUUAAAUGACAUUUGUAUUCUCAGACUCUGAGUAGCAUAAAAAUCACGUAGAACUGAAUUGUAACUUAAAUUCCAAACUAUGACUACUACAUUCCAAAGAAACAGUUGAUUAAACAUUUUCAUAAAAUA